UCAAAAAGUGAUUUUCUCUCUGCCAUCUCCCUAUUUUGCCCCUCUCAAAUCUGUCCCAUCGUCUUCUAUAUUCAGCAAAACCAAGAAGGAAACUCAAUAUUUUUUGAACUUCACAAAAUAAUCAAGAUCAAGAACAAUUUUUUCUCUUCAACAAGAGUUGAAAACAGGGCAGAGGGCGAUACACAAACAAGAUAUUGCGGGUUGCAGCAUAACAACUAACUGGAACAAUGUCGAUUCGAAGUUUAAGUGGUCGAUCGUCCACACCCAACUAUGAUUUUAUGAAUGAGUCAUCGUUUUUCACAAUUAAAGUACAUCAUGGUGGAUCAUUUGUGCGUAGUUCGACAAGAGGCUACAUAGGUGGAAAAAUCGAAUACUUUGACUAUGUCGACAGUACAAUGAUUAAUCUAAUAGAUUUUAAGAAUAUGGCGGAACAAUGUGGUUAUGACAAGAAAUCUGUGGUAUUUUGGCACAAGUAUGGUUUAAACUCUUAUAAGGUUCAAUUAGUUGGGAGUAAUAUGGAAGCCGUUAAAGUUGUUACUUGCAUUCCAAAGGAUAGAGUAGUUGAGAUAUAUUUUGAACAUUUGAAUUUUUAUCAUGAUGAUAAUCAAUGUGGCAAUGAGAUGAAAAAGAAUUCUUUGGUGGCAAAUGACACAGAGGCACACAGUGAUGAAUUUGACGAUGAGGAUUUUAAUGAUUCUGACUAUUCUUUGGAGGAGGAUGAUCUGUUAUUUUAAAAAAAUGUUGAUCCUUUUGUUGAAUCGUUUGGGAUCAAUAUAACUGUGAAAAAGAAGAAAAAUGAUGGAAAUCAAAAUUAUGUAAGUGAAGAGAUGCAUAGAAAGAUGCAGAAUGAGGAGGGUGACUCAGAUUGUGUAGAUUUUGAUGAUACAAAGAGUUUGAAUAGUGAUUGCGAUUCUGAAUUUGAAGAUUGUAACUUUCCAAAGCAUAACCCAAAAAUAGGUGCCUUUAAUCCUGAAUUAGAGCUGGGAAUGGUAUUUGAUAACAAAAAGGAAUUCAAGGAAGCCGUGGUUGCAAAUCAAGACAAAAUAGGAAAGUCAAUUCGGUGGAGCAAAGAUGACAGAGAAAGAGCUAGGGCCAAAUGCAGAACUAAUGCUUGUAAGUAGAGGAUAUUGGGAUCACUAAUGCAAAGGGAUAUAUCUACUUUUCAAAUCAAGACGUUUGUUUCCGAGCAUACUUGUUUUGGGUGGAACUAUAACAACAAAACCAUCAAUUCUAGUUGGAUUGCAAGGAAGUAUGUUGAUAGAAUUAAAUCAAAUAAGAACUGGAAAACAUCCGAAUUCAGAGAUACAUUGAGUAGGGAAUUAAAGUUGCAUGUGAGUAUGCAUCAAGCAAGAAGGGCAAAGGAAAAAGCUAUUGCAAUGAUCGAUGGAGAUAUAAAUGAUCAGUUUGGUAUAUUAUGGAAUUAUUGCAAUGAAAUUGUUCUAACCAA